ACCCCUGAUGUUGUCAGCCCAACUAAUGACAGCAUCUCCGAUCUCACAGGACAGCAGAACUUUUCGGGAAUUGAAGAAACGCUAAAUGCCACCAAUAAUUCCAACUCUUCACCGAGUGCUCUGCAGAAUCCUACUGAUGAUCUAGGUGAGCCCACUAACGAUCUUCAAACUAAUUCUUCUCUCCUCAAUACUUCGUCUCCAGUGGCAGUGCAGUCAGAAGUUGAUCCUUUACUGAAAGUAGAAAUUUUACAGGUGUUGGUUGAAAGGUUAUACGAUACCGAUUUUAAAAUCGAGAAUUUAUUCUGGAACAUCGGAUUCCUCCUGGAAAAGUUGUUUCUAAAUCAAAAUGUUUCAUCGCGUCCUCCUUUCAAUAACUUCACAUUAUUUCGUCGGAAAAAUUAUAUAGUACAGAACUACGAAUACUAUUCCAAUUUCAGCAAGACGGUGUUCAUCAAUAAAAUGGUUGAGCAAUCAAAAUCAGAAGCAGUGGAUCGUGAGUACUUUGAGCUUAUAGCUAGUAAUUUGAGAACUUUCUAUACGAUUUCCACUGCCAACUUCGAACGGAUAUCGCUUCUAAUGCGUAUCCGCAAAGUGUUAGUUUCAAAUUACGAAUUUAUUGCCAUGAAUGCGUUAAAAUCGGGCACCACAAUUGCUUCUGAUCCGAUCCGGCUUCGGAAGACACGCGGCGCUGCCACAAAAGUCAUUAAACAUCCACAAGUGCGCCAAUUUCUUCGUACAAUGAACUAUUGGACUAGUAACUCGACCAAUAGAACUGCUCCCGCACGAAGGAUAUCGUGA